UUCCCUGUUCUGCUGUGCUUGUGGCCCCGCCCUCUCGUCUCAAGGUUGAAUGCCUUUGUGCUGUUCCUUUGUGAGGUCCCAUUCUGCUGCCAGUUCAUAGAGUUUGCAAAUGCGAUCGCAGCCCGCGCUGACAAACUCAAGCCCUGGCAGAAAGCCCUCUUCUACUGCGGGAUGGCCCUGUUUCCCGUGUUCCUGAGCUUCUCCAUUACAACGCUGUUUGGAAACGCCAUCGCCUUUGCCACAGGAGUUCUUUAUGGCCUUGCAUCUUUAGGCAAAAAGGGAGACGCUGUGACUUACGCCAGACUACAGCACCAGAAGCAGGGAGACGAAGAGCGGACGGCAGGGACAGUAAACGGAGCUCCGGAGUGAGGAAUCUGAUUCUCCUCCUCCCCUCGUCUUGUUUUGCAGUUUUUUCACUUGGACCUUUCUGUUCAUCCUACCUUUUGUCAUGUUCUCCUUUCCAAUACUACAUAGUUGUUUAUUUAACUGCUUAGUUUGGUGCAUUUUUUUUGUUGUUGUUCUGAACCAAUACUGUCAACAAACGUUGAAUUGAUUUAUUUACCUCCAAUCUAAAAGAUGGAAUUUAUCACCAUGGCUCAACACUUUUGAGGUUAUUCUUUAAAUUCUUCUUUUAGAUUUUAGUUUGUUUUCUUUUAACCAACAUUUACUUUUACAAAAACUGUUUUUUUUUUUUCCUCAAAGCCUCCCAGUAAAUUACACGUGAAAUGAUUGUGAUAGAAACAAAAUGGAGCUCAGCUUGUUCAGGCAAUGCAGAGACAUGCAGUGCGGGCCGGAAGCUCACCAGCAAAAGAUUUGACAUUUUUACUAUUUACUAAUGACAGUAUGACCGUUAAAAAGUGGUAAGAACUGAGUUUAUGUUCUUCAGGGGGGGAAAGGAAAACCAAUUUACAGUGGUAGUUAUCCUACCAGCUGAACAAACAAAUUUGACUGUUUAAUAUAUAUUUUUACAUGAAACCUCCACCUGACUUGGAGCGAAAAGCCAAGCUAGCCAGGAUCGUGGUCCGGAGGUUGAAAUCUUCUGGUCUUGCAUGAUGAGGCCACAAAUAACUACACAGAUGUGUGGCUGCAUUUUAGGGAAAAUGAAACUCUGUCACUUGAAACUACUGAGUCUUACUGGGGAUGUAACAUUAGUAAUAAAAAUGGAACACAUGCAGAAAUGCUUCCGUUAUAAAG